AUGUCGUUUUUCAACUCGUUGAAAGGGUUUGGUAGAAGUAGUAAGAAGACUAAGGCUAUUAAUGGACAGCAGCUACCGCAAAGCAACAAUGGCAUGUAUGCCAGCUCUCAAAAUUCGAAUUCUAAGGCUUCACUGAGACGGACUCAGUCGCCUUCUAGACUGGCUAUGAUGUCUUCUGGCCAUCAGCAGUCUCAGCAAUCGAACAGCAAUGUGAGCAAUCCAGAGUCACAAGAGAUAAUGUUUUUGAGCGAACCAUUUGUAAGAACAGCAUUAGUAAAGGGUUCUUACAAAACGAUUGUACAACUUCCUAAAUACGUGGAUCUGGGGGAAUGGAUCGCUCUUAAUGUAUUUGAGUUUUAUACCAAUCUAAAUCAAUUCUAUGGUGUCAUCGCAGAGUAUGUCACAGCAGAUGCUUACCCGACUAUGAAUGCAGGACCGCGUACAGAUUAUUUAUGGUUAGAUGCAAAUAACAGGCAGAUAUCUUUACCAGCUGGCCAAUAUAUUGACCUAGCGCUUACGUGGAUCAACAAUAAAGUAAACGAUCAGCAGCUUUUCCCGACGAAAUCAAGCUUUCCAUUCCCACCCAAUUUCUUACGAGAUAUUCAACGAAUCAUGAUACAGAUGUUCCGAAUCUUUGCUCAUAUCUACCAUCAGCAUUUUGACAAAAUUAUUCACCUGUCGUUGGAAGCACACUGGAAUUCUUUCUUCGCACACUUUAUUAGCUUUGCUAAAGAAUUCAAUCUAAUCGACAGAAGAGAAAUGGCUCCAUUAGAGCUUUUGAUAGAGAGUUUCGAACACCAGGGUAAAAUUAUUUAA